CAGGCGCCCCCGCGCCGGCGCGGCCCUCUCCCUCCCCCGGCUGCUGCAGCGCCGGCCGCGGUCUGACAGCGGGACGAGCAAGAUGGCGGCGGCCGACGGCGACGACUCGCUCUAUCCCAUCGCGGUGCUCAUAGACGAGCUCCGCAACGAGGACGUGCAGCUGCGUCUCAACAGCAUCAAGAAGCUGUCCACUAUCGCCCUGGCCCUGGGGGUGGAGAGGACCCGCAGUGAGCUCCUGCCCUUCCUGACAGACACCAUCUACGAUGAAGACGAGGUGCUGCUGGCCCUGGCGGAGCAGCUGGGCACCUUCACCACGCUGGUGGGAGGCCCCGAGUUCGUGCACUGCCUGCUGCCCCCCCUGGAGUCGCUGGCCACGGUGGAGGAGACGGUGGUGCGGGACAAGGCGGUGGAGUCCCUGCGAGCCACCUCCCACGAGCACUCGCCCUCCGACCUGGAGGCCCACUUCGUGCCCCUGGUGAAGCGCCUGGCGGGCGGCGACUGGUUCACCUCGCGGACCUCCGCCUGCGGCCUCUUCUCCGUCUGCUACCCCCGCGUGUCCAGCGCCGUCAAGGCGGAGCUGCGCCAGUACUUCCGGAACCUGUGCUCCGAUGACACCCCCAUGGUGCGGCGGGCCGCAGCCUCCAAGCUGGGGGAGUUCGCCAAGGUGCUGGAGCUGGACAACGUCAAGAGCGAGAUCAUCCCCAUGUUCUCCAACCUGGCCUCUGACGAGCAGGACUCGGUGCGGCUGUUGGCCGUGGAGGCCUGUGUGAACAUCGCGCAGCUGCUGCCCCAGGAGGACCUGGAGGCCCUGGUGAUGCCCACCCUGCGCCAGGCGGCCGAGGACAAGUCCUGGCGUGUGCGCUACAUGGUGGCCGACAAGUUCACAGAGCUGCAGAAGGCCGUGGGACCCGAGAUCACCAAGACCGACCUGGUCCCGGCCUUCCAAAACCUCAUGAAGGAUUGCGAGGCCGAGGUGAGGGCGGCUGCGUCCCACAAGGUCAAAGAGUUCUGUGAGAACCUCUCAGCCGACUGUCGGGAGAACGUCAUCAUGGCCCAGAUCCUGCCCUGCAUUAAGGAGUUGGUGUCUGACGCCAACCAGCACGUCAAGUCGGCGCUGGCCUCAGUCAUCAUGGGUCUGUCCCCCAUCCUGGGCAAGGACAACACCAUAGAGCACCUGCUACCUCUCUUCCUGGCACAGCUGAAGGACGAGUGCCCGGAGGUGAGGCUCAACAUCAUCUCCAACCUGGACUGCGUCAACGAGGUCAUCGGCAUCCGGCAGCUGUCGCAGUCCCUGCUGCCUGCCAUCGUGGAGCUGGCUGAGGACGCCAAGUGGCGCGUGCGCCUGGCCAUCAUCGAGUACAUGCCCCUGUUGGCCGGGCAGCUGGGGGUGGAGUUCUUUGAUGAGAAGCUCAACUCCUUGUGCAUGGCCUGGCUCGUGGACCAUGUGUAUGCCAUCCGUGAGGCGGCCACCUGCAACCUGAGGAAGCUGGUGGAGAAGUUUGGGAAGGAGUGGGCCCACGCCACCAUCAUCCCCAAGGUCCUGGCCAUGUCGGGAGACCCCAACUACCUGCACCGCAUGACGACCCUCUUCUGCAUCAACGUGCUGUCUGAAGUGUGUGGCCAGGACAUCACCACCAAGCACAUGCUGCCCACGGUCCUGCGCAUGGCCGGGGACCCCGUGGCCAAUGUCCGCUUCAACGUGGCCAAGUCCCUGCAGAAGAUCGGGCCCAUUCUGGACAGCAGCACCCUGCAGAGCGAGGCCAAGCCUGUCCUGGAGAAGCUGACUCAGGACCAGGACGUGGACGUCAAGUACUUCGCCCAGGAGGCUCUGACCGUUCUGUCUCUCGCCUGAAGCUGGAGAGGAGCUGGCGCCGCCCCCUGUGCCACCCCGAUGGAACACAUGCGCCCGGCGCCCGUGCAUGGCCCGCCCCACGCCACCCCGGCACGGCUCCCCUGUCCUGUCCCGGCCCGGCUGGGGUGCGGGGG